AUGCACGUAGCUCUUUUGAUCGACGGAAGGGAAGCGCUCAACAGCAAGCCAGCUGUCACGGACUCGGCUCGCGACUCGUCUGAUGCCCCAGACAUUCUCGCCAAGAUUCGCCCAGUUGUGACCGGUCGCAACGAGGGCCACAACGAUGCGGCGACGGUGGCGGCUGGUGGCGAUGCCGGCUCGUCGCAAGAACCGAGGCAAGUGGGCCUCGGCCACGAAGACCACUUGUGGUCCGAGCUGAUCAACUCCCCCGCCUUCUCCGAGUGGAACCAAAAGCAGGAGGAGCUCGCCCAGCGAGCCGUCACCAAGGCCAGCGACGACGGCCGUCGGCAAUCGAUGCUGCUCGAGGACGACAGCGAGUCGAAGACGAUGGAAGACGAGACGACGGAGGCCGGAGCGUGGGCGAAGAACGAGAAAGAGGAUGAAGAGGCGCAGGAGGCGGAGGCGGAGGAGGUCGUGAGCUCCGUUCGCGAACGAAAGCAGAAGCGGAAGCGAAAGAGCGAAAAGAAGGGCCGGAAGACGAGCUCGCACAGAGCCAAGAAGGCCAAGCAGGUCAACGACAGCGACGAGGACGCGGAGAAGGAGGAGGAGGAGGAGGGAGAGAAACAACAGAGCACAGCUCCUCUCGAAGAUGACAACGAUGAUGACGACAACGACCCGCUCAGCUUGCCCCUGCGAGCUGGCUGGACGCGAGAGGUGGUGACCAGGCAGUCUGGUGCAACGGCCAAGAUCCGCAAAGACGUGUACUACCAUGCGCCCGACGGCAAGAAGCUUCGUUCGCGCGUAGAGGUUGGCAGGUAUCUGGUGCAGAAGGGCAUCACCGACUUGAGCAUCGAGAACUUCAGCUACAAUUGGAAGCAGGAGGUCAAGCUGUCGGAGAAGCGUAAGGCUUCCAAAGCUUAUCCGUUGGCCUUCGGUAACGCCGAUCGCAUCGGUACCGCCGAGCGCCGGAAGAAAAAGAACAAGAAGGCCGCCAAGUGCGUUCCCAUCGAGUGCGUCAACGUGCGGUCGGAGGAGAGACCGGAGCCGUUCGAGUACAUAAGCACCUCCAUCAUCCACCCGUCCAUCGGCAUCCGGUUCGAUGUUCCGUUUGUGUGCUGCAGCUGCACCGACGGGUGCCAAGAUCCCACGAAGUGCGAGUGCAUCAUCAAGACGCAGGAAUUUGCUGGAGCGACCGUGCCCCGAACGACGUACGAUUCGAACGGCCGCGUGCCGGGUGACUACCCCAUGAUCAUGGAGUGCGGUCGGUUGUGUAAGUGUGCGGGCAAGGCCUGCAGCAACCGAGCCACGCAGAGCGGAAUCAACUUCAAGCUUCAGCUUUUCCGAACGAAACACAAGGGCUGGGGCAUUCGCACACUCGAGGACAUUCCUUCCGGCAGCUUCGUGAUGGAGUACGUGGGCGAGAUCAUCACGAACGAGAUGGCCGAGAAGGUCAAGAGCGACACCUACCUCCUCGACCUGGACAUGCUGGAGUCGAUGGAACAGUGGCGCAAGCAGAAGGCCACGGAGAUGGAGGAGCAGGACCGGCUGGCUGCCGCGGCCGCGGCCGAGGCCGAGGCCGAGGCGAAGGCCAAGGUGAAGAUCGAGCAGGCGGGCGACGAGAAAGCGUCCACAAAGAAGCGCAAACGGCGGAGGAAGACGGGCGUGUCCUGGUCUUCCAAGACUGCCAAGCGAAAGAAGCCCACGACCAUCGAUGCCUGUGACUCGCCGCAGGUCGUCAUGGUCACCGAUCUUGAGGCAACACUGGCGCUGGCGACAACAACCACAACAACCAUGACGACCACAACAGCAAUGGGGGAGAAGGCAAUCCUGAAGGAGCCCAAGAGUGAGCCACAACUCUUCACAUCACUGGUCCUACAAGAUGAGGAUGAUGGUGAAGACUGGUAUGCAGCACAACCCCAAGUGGGUUCAGAGGCUGAGAAUGAUAAGGAGGAGGAAGGGGAGGAGGACAGCAACUCAGUAGGGCUGCGGAUGCAGCUCUAUGGUGAGGAUGAACCCUAUGUGGUCAACCCCCAUGAGAGAGGCAACAUCUCACACUUUGUCAAUGAUCUGCGCCUUGCCAAGGUACUGAACUGA